UUGCAGUCUCGUUUCGCGGUAUUAAAGAGGCUGCUGUCACGGCGACGAGACUCCAAGACACAACUCAGACUUAGGGAAGAAGACGUCAUGGACGGCUGUGGCCUCACGUGCAAAUACAUCCUCUUCAUCUUCAACUUCAUCUUCGCGCUCCUGGGCUUCGCCUUCUUGGGUCUGGGCCUGUGGUUGAGAUUUAGUCCCAACACCAGAACCAUCUUUGAAAUAAGCGCUUUCAACUCCAGCUAUUUUGUCUUUGGUGUGACCGUGCUGAUAGCGCUGGGUACGGUGCUGCUGGUCGUGGUGGUGUUCGGAGAUUAUGGCGCCUGCGGCGAGAAAAGAUGUGCUCUUCAAGUGUUCUCAGUGCUCCUCUUCCUGCUGGCGGUGGCUCUCACGGUGGGCGGACUGCUGCUUUACAACAACAAUGACACGGUUGGGAAGGGGUUUGUUGAGUUCUACGGAAGCAUGUACACGUUGUACGCAACAACUGGAGACGCGGGCUUGGGGGUCACCAUCAUGUUCAUUCAGAAGAUGCUUUAUUGCUGCGGCCUGACCGGGAUCCCCGUGUUGGAGUCAAUGGUCCAGACCUGCCCCAAACCAAAUGGCUUCUUGGCGCGCAUUGCCAUGCCCACGUGUCCGGGGGUCAUCUCCGAUGCCUUCCACCAGAACCUCACCUUCCUGAUGGUCUUCCUCCUCUUGACUGGAGCUUUUUUGAUCACCGCGCUGGGGUGCACGCUGGUCCUCAUCAAGAAGCUCCGCAGGGACCAGAUGGACAACGGCACCCGAUACCAGGUGGUGUACUAGCAGGGUUCUACAGCCGUCCCGGUUCGAACCACCCUGUGAAAAUGUUCCUCGUACAGACUGGCUAACGUUAGCAUGACUUUCACAUUUUACAGUCAUUGACUGUGACGGUUACAAGAGUUCACUUGGCAUUUUAGAGGAUUUGGUAUUUUCCGGGGUAUAAGCCACACCCACUAAAGGGAGUUAUUUACACACACAAAAAAUCUGUAAAUGUUUAUUUAAAUACAUUGUUUCCAAACGGGCAGUAAAACGGCCGAUCAAACAAAACAGAAGCCAUCGGCAUGGACCCACUAGCUGCGCAAGCUCGCUCUCCAAUCAGCUAAACAGGCAAUUCCGCGGUGACAUUUUGGUGAAUUUAUGUAACAAUACAAAAAGAAUGUAAUUGUAAGGUAAUACUAACACAGACACUCGUAGACAUGUUAGCUAAUGCUAACGACGCUAGCUUGAUUACAUUACGACAGCACGUACAAAUAUGCGUGAAAACACUUCUACAGACAUCACACAUAAUUGUUUUAGUUAUAUUGUAAAACUUACAUGAAGAAUCCUUAUGAGUAAAAACGCUAUGGACGGAUAGAAGACCGAAUGGCACUUCUACUUCCGGCUCGAAGCUUUAAACAGGAGGAAUCACUUGUUGGCAUUCGCCCAGCUGUAUUAGCUAAUAAUGCUAUCUUAAUUACUUUAACAGCACGUACAAAUAUGCGUGAAAACACUCCUACAGACAUCACACACACGGGACACUUUAGUAAAUAAGAAUUGUUGUAGUUAUAUUGUAAAACUAACAAACGUUGCUUGGAGUGACGAAUGAAGAAUCCAUUCGAGUAGAAACGCCAUAGAUGGCUGGAAGACAGAAUGGCACUUCUACUUGCAGUUGAUAGCGCUAAAUGCCAGAACACCGCGGCGCCUGGAGUGAGCGGACUCGUCCAAAAGGUGGCGCCAAAACACAAACCAUAACACACCUUUUUAAACCAUUCGCAUAACGGCCGUCAGCGUGGAACAAUCCGUAAGUUAGCCGCACCGUUUUAUAAGCUGCAGGGUUCAAAGCGUAGGGAAAAAAAGUUGAGGCUUAUAGUCCGGAAUUUACAUGAUAUGCUAACUUUACAAUUGUGACAGUAUUUUACUGUGAAAUCCCCGAAACAAAUACAGGCAGAAAAUACUGUAAUGUGGUACUUUUUUUUUUUUAAGUCUUUUAUUUUGAAGAAGUCAUCGCCGCUUUGUGCAAGAAUCACUUCUUGAUAUUUUUGUUUCAUUAGGUCAAACUUUUACCAUUUGUUGUCAUUUAUGUUGUCACUAAUGAUGUCACGAAUGAUGUCACGAAUGAUGUCACUAAUGAUGUCACUAAUGAUGUCACUAACUGUGUGAAUGCUCCAAACAUUCACACAUGCUUUUAUACACAAACAUUCAUGCAGUUCUUCUUCUUCUUCUCCACAUUUUUCAACCUAUUCAAACCGUUCCAACUUCAUCAUAUUCCACUCAUCCUGGAAAUUCAAACAAUCAUUUUUCCAAGUUCCAAAAAAUUCCAGGAAUUCCCAGGAUUCCCGUUUUUUUUCAAACCCUUUUUUUUUUCUGUCGACAACUCCUUCCACAUUUUCCAACCCACUUCAACCGUUCCACAGUCCAAACAUUCCUCUUAAUCAGGACAAAACACUAAGUUGUUUUUCAGACUGGAAAAUUUCCCGGUUUUCCCGAAAUUCCAGGAAUUCCGUAAUACCAUUUCUCAAUUAAAAUUGUUACUACUUCAACAUUUUUCGACCGAUUUGAAAAAUGUCAACUCAUUCAGGACAUUCAAGUCUUAACAUUUUCUAAAAAAUUCCCACUUUUCCCGAAAUUCCAGGAAUUCCCAGGAUUCCCGUUUUUUUUCAAACCCUUUUUUUUUUCUGUCGACAACUCCUUCCACAUUUUCCAACCCACUUCAACCGUUCCACAGUCCAAACAUUCCUCUUAAUCAGGACAAAACACUAAGUUGUUUUUCAGACUGGAAAAUUUCCCGAAAUUCCAGGAAUUCCGUAAUACUAUUUCUCAAUUAAAAUUGUUACUAUUUCAACAUUUCUCGACCGAUUUGAAGAAUGUCAACUCAUUCAGAACAUUAAAGUCUUUUAACAUUUUCUAAAAAAUUCCCGCUUUUUCCGAAAUUCCCAUUGAAAAGAAUGGAAAACAUUUUCAAAGUUCCACAAUUCCCACAUUUUUCAUCUGAUUCAAACUGUUCCAACUCCAAAAUAUUCAGCCUGUUCAAAAUUGUGUGCUCUACUUCAACAAUUAAAAAAAAAAAAAAAUUCCCGGAUUUCCAAGAAUUCCCAGUUUUCAGGGACAUUUUUCCCCAUUCAAAAUGAAUUGUCCAUUUUUCAACCUUUCAUAAUUCCCACAUUUUUCAACACAUUCAACUCAUCCUGGAAAUUCAAACGAUAAUUUUUCCAAGUUCCAAAAAAUUCCAGGAAUCCCCAGGAUUACCGUUUUUUUCAAACCCUUUUUUGACCCUUUUUUUUUCCUGUCGACAACUCCUUCCACAUUUUCCAACCCACUUCAACCGUUCCACAGUCCAAACAUUCCUCUUAAUCAGGACAAAACACUAAGUUGUUUUUCAGACUGGAAAAUUUCCCGGUUUUCCCGAAAUUCCAGGAAUUCCGUAAUACCAUUUCUCAAAUAAAAUUGUUACUACUUCAACAUUUCUCGACCGAUUUGAAAAAUGUCAACUCAUUCAGAACAUUCAAGUCUUUUAACAUUUUCUAAAAAAUUCCCGCUUUUCCCGAAAUUCCCAUUGAAAUGAAUGGAAAACAUUUUCAAAGUUCCACAAUUCCCACUUUUUGAAUCUGAUUCAAACUGUUCCAACUCCAAAAUAAUCAGCCUGUUCACAAUUGAGUGCUCUACUUCAACAAUUAAAAAAAAUUCCCGGAUUUCCAAGAAUUCCCAGUUUCCAGGGACAUUUUUCCCCAUUCAAAAUUGUCAAUUUUUCAACCUUCCAUAAUUCCCACAUUUUUCAACCGAUACAAACCAUUCCACCUUCAACUCAUCCUGGAAAUUCAAACGAUCAUUUUUCCAAGUUCCAAAAAAUUCCAGGAAUUCCCAGGAUUCCCGUUUU